UUUUGAGGCAGUAGAUACAACAGAACGAUUUUCUUUUGUUUUAAUCUUGGCAACAUUGUAGCCUUCAGCACCAGCUGUAGCUAUAUCCGAAUGUUGUUAGACACUGUAACAGUAGCCUAGCCUAAUCUUUUAGGCCUGUAAAAGGUGAUCAUAUAGGCUACAGUGUCAGGUCAUGCUAACUAUAACAUUCACUUCAAUGUGUGUCUCUCUGUGUGUGUGUGUGUUUGUGUGUGUUUCGGCGAACCUUCCGUGCAGAUUUUAUCCAUGAAUUGAGGUUGUUUUAAAAGUUGCCCAGGAUACCAAAGGAUACAAAUGGACAUUUUAGGCUGUAUCUUUUUCACAAAGGUUACCUAAAGCGUUAAUGAUAAAUAUAUUAAUCGAUCUUAGGAAACACAGCUCCUUUAGUCAUAUGGCCACUUCAGUCACAAUCUGGCUGGAACGUACGUCUUCGACCGGUCGGACCGGUUUCUUAACGUUGUUGUGAAAGAUCAAGAGUGACUCGCACAGACUAGAAUUAUUAGUGUGUUUGCGGUGUAGGGUAUCGUUUUCGAACAUCUGCGUACGCAACGCCCCGAACGAGUAGCCCCCAGAUUCCUGCCCGGUCCGAGUGAAAGCAGGCGUUUCACUUCGUACUCUCCCAUUCUAGGCUGUGUACAAAUUGUAGCCAAGUCAAGAGAAGGAAUACAUCGUCGAUUCAGUACUGUGAAGCAGCUUAUUCGUUCUGUUCAGCUCGAUUCGGUAUUGAUAGUGUGCUGAAGUGAUCAGUUACACUACGAUGGAAGUGGGACGGAGGUUCCAGACCUUAUGCUGCUGCGUCUUCUCGGGUUAGCUAUCUGAAAGCUGAUCAAAUGGACACGAUGUUACUGGCCUCUGCCGUGGUCGUCUGGGAAUGGCUCAACGAACACGGACGGUGGCGUCCCUACAGCCCAGCCGUGUCUCACCAUAUCGAGGCGGUGAUACGAAGCGAUCCUCGGGGCGGCAGCGUUGUGCUAGGCCAAGUCGACAACCGCCUCUCGCCGUAUAUUAUAGAUCUGCAAUCCAUGCAUCAGUUCCGACAAGAUACGGGCACAUUGAGACCAGUACGACGCAGCUUCUAUGACCCCACGUCAGCGCCGGGCCAGGGUUGGUUGUGGGAGUGGGAGAAUGACACCGGCUCCUGGACGACGUAUGACAUGGAAGUCGGCAUCGCCAUCCAGGCGGCGCGGGACCGUAACCAACCCUGGCUGGACCUGGCGCCGCUGGGGUUUUGCUACCUCAUCGAUUUCCAGAGCAUGACGCAGAUCAACCGGCAGACGCAACGGUGCAGACGCAUCCAGCGGCGCUCGGACAUGGCCUACCCUCUCGUGUCUGGCCCGCUCCCCAAAUCGGCCCAAGGAGGCUGGGCCACCUCAGGCACAGGGGGGGGGAGUGGAGCAGGAGGACCUAGUGCUGGGGGCUCAACGGGGAUGCUCUUAGGUGUUGGGGUGUCUGGUGUCACCCUGUCCAGUGGGGGACACAAUGGAGGUAGCAGCAGUAAUGGGAGUGUUGUGUAUCCCAGCAGUACGGUCUCCAUGUCCUCCCUAGCCUCUCUAGGUCAGCCUUGUGCCUGUCAGCAGUGUAUGCUUGUCAUGAGUGUCAAAGCCAAUGCUAUGGCGGCAUCGCACACUUUGGGCCGCAAGCCCUCGCAGUCCAAGCCGUCCCUGAGCCCUAAAGGUACAGCCGCAGGUACUUCUGGUUCCGCCGGUACAAACUCGAACUCGUACUCGCACACUCUUCCACACGCACUCUCGUACGCCUCCUCAGCGAGGACUCUCUCCCCGCGCAGAAGCGCGGCCGCGUUCGCCCACUCCAUUUCCCUGCUCGCCUCCGGCACUGCCACGCUGUCUGUCUCCAACCGACCACCUCCGCCACCUCUGCCCCCACCCCAGCCACCCACCCCAGCCAAUCAGCAGCAGCUCCAAGGCACGUCUUCCACACCUGGCCCCCCUCCUUCUUCCUCCCCCUCCACCACUUCGACGCCAUCGGUGCCCACUGCCACGCUCAUCACUACGGCGACCACCACCACCUCUUCGUCCUCACCUCUUCCUUUGCCUUCACCUGCCGUGCCCGCGCAGCGCUCCGCCGCCUGUGCCGCCCCACUGCCGCCCCGUGCCAGCUUGGCAGGCCUCAGCCGUCCUGCCCUGCAACGCAUUGCCAUGGCACAGUCGCGGGCACUUAUUGCCUCAGGGGUGCCCACGGUGCCGGUGAAGAACCUGAGCGGUGCCAGCCCGGUGCACCCGGCACUGGCGGGCAUCACGGGGAUCCUGAUGAGCGCCGCCGCUCUGCCUGUGUGCCUCACGCGCCCGCCCAGGCUGGUGCUGCACCCGCCGCCCGUCAGUAAGAGCGACAUCAAGCCCAUCCCUGGCCUCGGCCACUGCUGCCGCAAGACCACCAAGAAGCAGGCUCGCAAGGGCAAAACCCCAGAGGAAGUGGUGAAGCGCUACCUGCAGAAGGUCCGGAACACCCCUGAGGAGGACUGCACCAUCUGUAUGGAGGCUCUCGGGGGUCCGUCCGGCUACAAAGGCCCCGGAGUCGGGGGGAUCUCUCGGGGGGAGUCAGUGGGCCGUCUGGCCCAGUGUGGCCACCAGUACCACGUCCAGUGCCUGGUGGCCAUGUACAACAAUGGCAAUAAAGAUGGCAGCCUCCAGUGUCCAACGUGUAAGACCAUUUACGGGGUGAAGACGGGAAACCAGCCGCCUGGCAAGAUGGAGUACCACGUCAUCCCGCACUCCCUGCCAGGGCACCCCGACUGCAAGACCAUCCGCAUCAUCUACAACAUCCCCCCAGGCAUCCAGGGACCUGAGCACCCAAACCCAGGCAAACCUUUCACCGCAAGAGGCUUCCCUCGUCACUGCUAUCUCCCUGACAGCGAGAAGGGGCGCAAGGUGCUGCGGCUGCUACUGGUGGCAUGGGACCGGCGUUUGAUCUUCUCCGUGGGCACGUCCAGCACCACUGGCGAGUCCGAUACCGUCAUCUGGAAUGAGGUCCACCACAAGACCGAGUUUGGCUCCAACCUCACAGGCCACGGGUACCCUGACCCUGGCUACCUGGACAAUGUUUUGGAAGAGCUGAAAGCCCAGGGCAUCACAGAGGACGAGAUCCAGCAGUGAUGAGGAACAGAGGGAGAGAGGGCAGGGUGAAGCACCGAAGAGAAACCCUGCCAGAGCUUCAGAUGCUGGGGGAGAGAGGACAUGGGGGGGGGGGGGGGGGGGCACUGGAGGGCUGCCAGGCUGUGAGAGUGAACAUGGCGACGGAGAGGAAUGAAGUCCCUUGCUGCAGUGACAUGCAGAAUGUGAAUAUGACUUAAUCUGACUUAUAAAAGCUAAUACUGUGUGCGAUGCUCCCAGGUACAGACAGUAUCGCCGACUAAACCUUAGGUAUGAAGUACAUAAAGCAUUGGCAUUAAAGAGAUACUAUUUGUUUUAUUAUUAUUAUUAUUAUUAUUAUUAUUAUUAUUAUUACAUUAAUUAACACACUGAUGCUAACCCAGAGAUGUGAGUAAAGAGGCUUUAGAGUGAGAGGGAAAGGAAAGGAAAGAACAGAUGGAGAAAAGAUUCCCUGAGCAGGGAAAAGAUGGGACAUGGAAGGAAGAAAGAAAGAACAGAUCAGAGAGGGAGGUGGAGUGGAACUCCGAGAGGAGAUGAAGUAGAUGAAAAGAAUGAUAAAAGGUGGUCUAUGAAUGUAGUUUCUAACCUAGGGGAUAGGACUUUUUCUUUCUUAGCAAAAUCCAAAAUAUUGAGGCUGUUUGGUGGAGUGCUUGCAUGUGGGGCUUGGAUUUGAGGAUGUGCAACAUACUUAUGGUGGGAUGGCUGGUAUUCAGUGCUUGUUCGAAUUUUGACUCUCUGGCGCCCUCAAGUGUCUCAAAAACAUUCCAUGUGGGAGAGGUACAUUUUACUACAAAUACCUUCUUCAGUAUCUCUGUUGUUUAAUAUCAUGCAAUGCAUUAGUUACAUCAUGUACUUACAUUACUUUUAUGUAUUACUUUUGUACAGGUUAUGUAUGAUGAUGUGUUCUUUUUACUUUUGUACUCACAAUAUUUUGGGACUGUGGUGGCACUCCACACCCAAGUGUUGUGCCAUGGAUACGAAUUUUUCCUAUUUGAGUGGAUGGUGGCUCUGCCUCCAUUUGUGUCUUUGUGUUGAGACAUGUAAAUUAACAGCCUCUUUUGCUUGUCAAGGGGAGGUGAUAAGGUGAUCAAUGAUUGCUGCCCCUGGUAUAAGACAAUACAAAAGACAAAAAAAGCUAGCAAGAACUUCCGAUUGAACAGAAUAUGGUGUCAAGUGUGGAGCAACCAGUAGGAUCAUCCAGGUCAAGACCACUGUGUGGGCAGUUGUAGCAAAAAUGUAUUUCCUCAAAUAAGUCACUUGAGAAGAAACCCCCGUCCCUCCUUGCUGAAAGUACAUAACCGGGCAUUAUAAUUUUUGUAUUACCCAUGAGGGUGAUGUUCUAGUGCCAUAUGAAUAUUAAUGAUGCACACACACCCCCCCCCCCCCCCCCCCCCCCAACUUGUUUUUGGUUGCUCCCAUUACCCUAUUACCUGUCCAGUCUCUUGAGUUGGGUCUAUGACCAUGAUCUAUGUGGAGUGUGACCUGGUGUACGGGCAAGAGUGUGUGUGAAUGAGUGAGUUGGUGUGAGUGUAUACUUUAGUAUGUGAACAUGCACGAGUGAGUCCAUGCAUCGUCAGUAUGCAUGCAUUUAUACUUGAUAAUGUGUAUGAAUGUGUCUGUCUACAGACUUGUUAUAUGAGGUACAAAAUACAUGAAUGAGCUGCACAAUUAUUGUCGUCAUACGUUUUCUUUUGAAACAUACCUGUUAAUUUCUCAUGAUAUUCUGUUAUUCUGCAUAACUUUUCUUUAUAAAAAAACUAUUUUCAUCAUUAUUGCCAUUUUUAGUCCCUUGGAUGUUUUGUAUAUAAUUAUUGUAUGUUAUGUUUCCCUGUCAAAAUACAUGUUAUGGUGAGAGGAGGCCAAGUGUU